UACUGAAGCAUCCGAUUUAUGUAGAGAUGUCAAGUUUCUGCUUUGCAUCUAAUGUUCUUGAGCACACAGUUACAGAGUUGGCUUCCCCGUUGGGUACUGUCAUGUGGAGAAUUAAGGCCAAAGUUUGUGACUGUGAAUGAAGAAUGUACUCGAUUUUGUCAUGCGUUCUGAUCUGCUGUUCAAGACUACGUCUAUGGUGGUGGGCUUAGCCCGGAGUGGAAGAAUCUCUCAUGCACGCAGACUGUUUGACGAAAUGCCACAUAGAGACUCUGUUGCUUGGAAUGCCAUGAUAAGUGGAUACUCUCAUUUGGGACUUUACCACGAAGCUUUGUCCCUCUUCGGUGACAUGAGAGUCUCCCACUGUAGACCCGAUAACUUCUCAUUCUCUGCAACGCUGAAUGCGUGUGCAGGUGCUCGCCAUCUUCAAACUGGCACAAUAAUUCAUGCUUUAAUUGUUAUUUCAGGGUACUUAUGUUAUCUUCCAGUGUGUAAUUCGCUGGUUGAUAUGUAUGGGAAGUGUUCGAGUCCUGACGAUGCAAGAAAAGUUUUUUAUGAAAUGAAUUGUAGGAAUGAAGUGACAUGGUGUUCGCUUCUGUUUGCAUAUGCAAAUUCUGGUCUAUUCAGCAUGGCCAGUGAACUGUUUCAUAGGAUGCCUGUAAGGGUUGAAAUUGCUUGGAAUAUAAUGAUUGUAGGAUAUGCUCAGGUUGGAAAAGUUGAAGCAUGCUUGCAUAUGUUUAAAGAAAUGUGUGAGAGUUUGUAUCAUCCUGACCAAUGUACAUUCAGUGCUCUCAUGAACGCUUGUGCUGGUUCAUCAGAUACUUUUUAUGGAUGCAUGAUUCAUAGUUUCAUUAUCAAAUCUGGUUGGACCUCUGCUGUGGAGGUAAAUAACUCAAUUUUAAGUUUUUACUCUAAAUUAGGUUGUCAUGAUGAUGCUAUUAGAGUAUUUGAAUCCUUUGACAUUGGUGCUUUUAAUCAAGUGUCCUGGAAUGCCAUCAUCGAUGCCCAUAUGAAAAUGGGCAAUACCCAGGAAGCUGUUCUUGCUUUCCAGAAAGCUCCCGAGAAGAAUAUUGUUUCCUGGACUUCUAUGAUUGCAGGUUAUACGAGAAACGGUAAUGGGGAACAAGCUCUUCAUAUGUUUGUAGACAUGGUGAGAGACUCAAUCCAGCUUGAUGAUCUAGUAGCUGGAGCAGUCCUACAUGCCUGUGCUAGCUUAGCAAUGCUUGAACAUGGGAAAAUGGUCCAUAGUUGCAUAAUUCGAUCCGGCUCACACAACUACGUCUAUGUCGGAAACAGCCUGGUUAACAUGUAUGCUAAAUGUGGGGACUUGGAAAGUUCAAGGCUUGCAUUUCAUAGUAUUAUUGAGAAGGAUCUGAUUUCAUGGAACACAAUGUUGUUUGCACUGGGACUCCAUGGGAGAGCUAGUGAAGCUCUUUACAGUUAUCAUGAAAUGGUAACAUCUGGUGUAAAACCAGAUGAAGUAACCUUCAUAGGGAUUCUAAUGACUUGCAGCCACGCGGGGCUUAUAUACCAAGGCCUCAAGUUUUUUGAAUCAAUGAGAUUAGAUUAUGGGCUUUCUCAUGGAACAGAUCACGUAGCUUGCAUAGUAGACAUGCUUGGAAGAAGUGGGUAUGUCCCAGAAGCCAGAAAAAUUGCCGCUAAGUAUUCAAAAACCAUCACAGAUAGGACCAACUCACAGGAAAUUCUACUUGGUGCUUGUUAUUUUCAUGGAGAUAUAGGAACUGGGAGUACUGUGGGAGAAGACUUGAAGAAGUUAGAGCCAUUCAAAGAAGCUGCUUAUGUGUUGUUGUCAAAUUUGUAUCUUGCAAGUGGGAAAUGGAAGGAAGCAGAGAGGUUGAGGAAAGAAAUGGUGGAUCAAAGAGUGAAGAAAGUGCCUGGAAGUAGUUGGAUUGAAGUGAAAAAUGAUGUCGCUGCUUUUGUUUCUGGAAACAACAAUUCACAUCCUCAAAUGGGUAACAUAUAUGAGACAGUUUGCCUUCUCGAAUUAGAAAUGAGACAUCCUUGGCCUGUUCACUUUUUUUAUUGAAGAUUCUUUUAUGAAGAAUAUUGGAUGUGAUAAGACAAUGAUAGAAAACUA